AUGAACUUGUUACUUUCGGAUGAUUACUUACUGCAGGAUUACCCCGAAAACAUUACCAACACAAUCCGAUCGGGACACUCGACAUGUUUACGGUUCAAUCGCAAGGGCGAUUACCUCGCCUCCGGUCGCGUUGAUGGGACGGUUGUGAUAUGGGAUAUCGAGACGAUGGGGGUAGCCAGGAAGCUAAGAGGCCACAGCAAAAGCAUCACAUCCCUGAGCUGGUCUAGAACUACACCCUUGGAAUCACAACCAUUUCGUCGUGUCCCUUUCGAUGAGCAGCCUCUCCUCGUCGAUGUUACCGACCCGGUCCCUGUCAAACACAUUCUCCCAUCUUCACCGAAACGCGCGAAUGCCGAAAAUGAUAGUGCGCUUAAAGAGAAGCAAGCGAAGGAAGACGCGAAACAAAUGACCACCGUCACCAUCUUCACAGGCAGCGGCGACCACAUCAUCGCGGGCACAACAAAAGGGCGACUGAAUAUUAUAGAUGCAAAGACGCGAGAAAUCAUAUUUUCUAGCAAAAUAUCAAGUUCCGUCAUCACCACCUUGCGGAUCUCUGGCUCGGGGAAAGUGUUGCUUGUGAACGCUCAAGAUCGCAUCAUCAGGACCUUUCUCGUCCCCAACCUAUCAGCCGAGAACCUCGACCUUGAUACCGUUCAGUUGCCUCUAGAGCACAAGUUCCAAGAUGUCGUCAAUCGACUGUCAUGGAACCACGUUACCUUUAGUGCCACCGGCGAAUACGUAUCGGCUUCGACCUACAACAACCACGAACUCUACAUUUGGGAACGAAAUCACGGCAGCUUAGUGCGGAUGCUCGAAGGGCCCAAAGAAGAGCAGGGUGUGAUAGAAUGGCACCCUCAUCGGGCGCUACUUGCCGCAUGUGGCCUAGAAACAGGCCGCAUCUACAUCUGGUCGGUUACGAGCCCUCAAAAGUGGUCGGCUCUUGCACCAGACUUCGCCGAAGUGGAAGAGAAUGUGGAGUAUAUUGAAAAGGAAGAUGAGUUUGAUAUUUACGCUCAAGAGGAGAUACAUCAGCGCCGGCUUGAUGCAGAAGAUGAAGAUGUGGACGUGCUCACAAAGGAACCGUCAAAGAUUUAUGAAGAGGAUGAAGACACGUUCAGUAUGCCUAUUCUCUUCAACUUGGGGAAAGUGAUAGCGAGGAGGAAUUCGUGGCCGUCUCGACUGGAACCAUGCGACCUGGUCAUGGCGAUCAAGAUGUCAACCUGGUUCUGA